AUGUUGGAGGACGCCCAUUUACGCAUAGCUGUGGCUCGACGAUUGGGAGCACCGGUAUGCCAACCGCACGUAUGUCGCUGCGGAUCCACAGUGGAUAGUCUCGGCCACCACGGCCUGGUGUGUAAGCUGGCAAAAGGAAGACAUGGCACUCAUGCCGUGUUGAACGCUGCAACAAAAAGAGCCUUGAAUUCCGCCAGAGUGCCGUCGACGCUUGAGCCACCGGGACUGGAUAGAGGAGAUGGGAAGCGGCCGGACGGAGUUACUGCCUUUCCUUGGCGCAAUGGGAAGCCGAUGGUAUGGGAUGUCACUGUUGCUGAUACCUUCGCCCAGACCUACAUAGGCCAUACAUCGCGUGUCCCAGGAAGCGCAGCGGAAGUGAGAGAGAAUCAGAAGUUAGGGAAUGAACCUGCAAGCCCGUUGACGCGGGAGUUCCUCGAGAGCUUCCACGGAGACGGGCUAAUUAUCGACCCCGCCUGCCUGGAGUACGGCCGCGUACUGGGCUCGGGCUAUUUUGGGACAGUUUACGAAGGACUCCUUCGUUCGGUGGUUGGCGAGCCGGCAGCAGAUGCCCGGCGGGUGGCUAUCAAGACCAUUCAAGACCUGCCGGAUUUCCUGAAGGAGGGCUCGGUGAUGAAGUACCUGCGGCACGAUAAUGUGAUAAAGCUGUACGGGAUCUGCGUCAGCUCGUUGGACGGGACGUUGACCAGUCCGGGUCUGGUGAUGCCCCUCAUGAGCAAUGGCGACCUGAAUACCUACGUCAAGCAGCAUGAUGUGGUGCCGAAGGAUAUGCUACGCCUUUUGGUGCAGAUCGCCGAAGGGAUGGCCUACUUGUCCAACCAUAAGAUCAUCCACCGAGAUCUGGCCGCGCGUAACUGCUUACUUGACGAUAAACUUAAUGUCCACAUCGCGGACUUCGGGCUCUCCCGCGACCUCUACGAGUCCAGCUUCUACUGCAACCCCAAAUCAAAAACGCAUCUCCCCUACCUCUGGACCGCGCCGGAAUGCUUCCACAGUCCUUACUCUACCCAAUCCGACGUGUGGAGCUUCGGCGUGGUGGUGUGGGAGCUUUUCGAGAAGGGCAAACGUCCCUACGGCGGAAUGGAUUGCAUGAUGCUGCGGGACUUACUGGACAAUGGUUUCCGUCUGGGGCGCCCGGCCAGCUGCCCCCCAGAAGUGUACGCUCACCCGUAUGAUCUGAUGGAACAGUGCUGGAGCCAGGUGCCGGCUAGCCGUCCAACCUUCUCGUGUCUCUGCGUCGAUCUGCGCGACAUCCAGAACGCCCAGCAGCUGAACGGCAGUGCGCCGCGCUAUGAUAACGUCUGCGCGUUGCCGCCCAGGAACGACCCCGGCGACAGCGACGGGGGGAACGCGACGGCGGGCAGCAUUUUCCUGAACGCGGGCUACUUUGCCGCGGCGGCCGCGCAGGAGAAUUGA